AAUGAAGUCAUUAUUACUAUAUUUCAAACCCAUUUAUUAGACAUUGCAGGUGUUCAAACAGAGCACUGUACAACUGUCUAGAGGGUCGUGGAUGGGUUUGAUUAAUUUGCUUCAGCAUUUAAUGAAAGAAAAGAGUUUAUCUAAUGUUAUCUGAAGUUUCCACUUAUUCUUUUUAAGGCUCUUCAAUCUUCUGUAAAUCCUACUCUGCAACCGAUUUGUUAGAACCAGAAGACUAAAGGUUUUGCAGGCCAUGGAAGAGGGCAAAAAGAGUUCUAGUAAUAUGGUGAACAGCAAGCUUCUGUGGCAUGGUUACCGUUGCUUGUACUGUCGUUUAGCUUGGUCCACGUUGCCUCUGGUAGCGCUCAUAUUUUGUGCAUAUCUGCUGCUGAAGAGCAAAUAUUAUGUCCUUAUUGGGGAUCUCAUUAUUCUCAUUUCUGCAUCUUUGUGUGUAUAUAAUGUAUGGUUUAAGAGACCUUUGUAUCUGAUAGAAGUGGCGUGCUUCAGGCCUCCAAACUGGUGCAGAGUACCAAUGGAAACCAUGAUGGAGCACUCUGUUAUCAGUGGGAUUUUUACAAAGGAGUCUCUGGAAUUCCAGAGAAAAAUUCUGGAAAGAGGGACUCUGAGUGAAUACACAGCUGUGCCAAAUGCUCUGAUGUAUUUGCCCCCCAAGACGACCCUGCAAGCAGCUCGUUAUGAGGCGGAGAUGGUAAUGUUUGGAUGUGUAGAAGAAGUGAUAUCUAAGGCAAAUAUCAGUGUGAAGGAGAUUGGUGCGGUGGUCGUUAACUGCAGUGUGUUUGAUCCUGUGCCUUGUUUGGCUUCCAUGGUGGUCAAUAGAUUUAAGAUGAGGAGCAACGUUAAGAGCUUCAACUUGGGAGGAAUGGGCUGCAGUGCUUCACUGGUGGCACUUGAUGUUGCUCGCAGCGCUCUCAUGACAGCUGAAGGAGAGAGCUAUGCCAUCUUGCUCAGUACAGAAAAUAUAACACAGAACUGGUACCUAGGCAACUGCCAUAAUAUGCUGGUGUCAAAUUGCCUGUUCAGAAUGGGUUGCAGUGCAAUUCUUUUGUCUAACAAGCGCAGCGACAGAGCACGAGCAAAAUACAAACUUCUGAAUUUGGUGAGAACUCAUAAGGGCUACGAGGACAUGGCCUAUGGCGCUGCAUUUCAGCAAGAGGACGAAGAAGGAAAGGUGGGAGUUUAUUUAAGCAAAAGCAUAACAGCAAUUGCUUCUGAUGCUCUGAAAACCAAUAUCAGAGCCUUGGGUCCCUAUGUUCUGCCUUACUAUCAACAGAUUAUUUACUUGUUUUUCAAGUGGUUGAAGGGAAAAGGAAAAGGAUUGGAUUCUUCGUAUUAUGUGCCUGAUUUCAGAAGUGUGUUCGAUCAUUUCUGCAUUCAUGCUGGUGGGAAAGCAGUGAUAGAUGGAGUGCAAAAAGGGCUGAAGCUUCCUGAAGAAGCUGUUGAACCAGCCAGAAUGGUUCUCCGAAGGUUUGGAAACACUUCUUCUUCUUCAACAUGGUAUCAAUUCCAGCUGUUGGAAUGGAGAGGUGAAAUGAAGAAGGGAGAUAAGAUAUGGCAGAUCACCCUGGGAAGUGGAUUCAAAUGCAACAGUGCUGUGUGGGUAGUCAACAAAGAUAUUUCUCCCUCCAUUAAUGCAUGGUCUGAAAGCUAGUGAAGCUAAAGUGUCCUCUUUUAUUGAAUUUAAGUCCAAUUCAAUGUUUAAUAAUGACAAUAAAUGUGUUCAGAAUCUACAUAAUCUUUUCAGUUUUGGUAUCAAAGUACUUCCAUUGAUUUUACAGAGUACGAGAUUCUUUUCUAUUAGAAAUGUUCUAUAUCUGUAACAGAUUUAAAUCUUUGUCUGAAGG